AUGAAGAUUGGGAGAUGGAUUGAGUCAAGUGAUGGGUUUUACAACUAAUCAUAAGUAACUUAUCAUGGUGCUUAUGUUAAUGAUAAAAAAUUUAGUAGAUGGGAUAUAUUCUUUAAAGGGGAAUAUGAAGAAGAAUUUAAGAAGAUGUAAAAUUUAAUUAUAAAUAUUAUUCAAAAAUAUUUUAGUGUUUGUGGCUAAUAUGCUGAAGAAGGUAAUGAGAUUAGGGUUGGAAGAUGGACUGAGUUGAGCAAUGGAUUUAAGGAUGAUUCAUAAGUGACUUAAAAAAGGCGAAUAUUUAAAUUGUAAAAAAGUUGGUAAAUUUGAUUCUUAUUUGAAAAUUUAUGAGGAUUCCAAAUAUGAAUGAAUGUAAAAUCACAUUUUAAUAUUGUGUAGUGGUGAUGGUUUAUAUGAUGAAGAAGGUAAUAAGCUCAAAAUUGGAUAAUGGAUUGAGUUAAGUGAUGAGUUUGAGUUCAGAUAAACUUUAUUAAACUUGAAGGGCAUUUGA